GUCAUCACCAACACAACUUCAGGUUCUUCCACUAACGAACAUGUCUACAGCGCGAUGGUUGCUCAGACUUCCUAGAGUAGCGAGCACAGAAUCUGCUCAGACUCAAGGUAGGGUGAGAUGCGGUCAACUACAGCAAAGGAGAUGGAAAGGUAGUCGAACUCCACGCAAACCGCCACCGCGAGCCCGACCAUGGGCAAGCAUACCGAAGAAAGAUGGAAAUGAGCACAGUACCAAUUUGAGUCGCGAAAAACAGGAUCGCAGCCUGGAGGAGAGAACGGCGAACAUAUCGAGGCAGCAACAUGAAGCCCCGCAGGAAGAGGCCCAGCAGCCCACCCAAGCGCCCGACCAGACAACAGCAGGACGAAACACCCAGCUCGCCGCUACCCUCGCCGAAGCAGACACAUCCGACCUGGUGACAGAAGUUCGUAUCCCAGACGAUCCUUAUGGCGUUCUUCCGCCAGAUCACCCGGCCCUUGCGAUCCUGUCGAAUAGCUCGCUGGUCAUUCAACGCCAGCUAGAGAUGAUGAACGUCAUGCUUGGUUUUGAACAAGCAAAUCGUUACAUCGUCAUGGAUGGACAGGGACAGACAAUAGGGUAUAUCGCAGAACAAGAUCAUGGCAUGGGCAGCAUGUUCAAGAGGCAGAUGUUCUCGACACAUCGAAGUUUCACGACACACAUAUUCGAUAAACAUGAGCGGGAAGUGCUGAGGAUACAUCGCCCAUUUGCUUGGAUCAAUAGUCGCAUCAGGAUAUACGAUCCCGUUCCUCCGGGCGGCUAUGAAGAGCGAGAAACGUCAACGAGCACGGCUUUGCAAGGCACGAGCGCGAGCUCUGUCGUGGACCAGACUGCUGUUGCGCAGAUCUCGCCACUGAAGCUCGAGGAGAUGCGUGUCAUCGGCGAGACGAGACAAAUAUGGGCUCCACUGAGAAGGAAAUAUGCGAUGGCGACCUAUCGACCUAGCGAAGACCCGUCAGAUCCCUACAGCGCACCGCGCAUUGAAUCUGGCGAGCGUCCAACCUCCGACACCAAAGACGUGACAGUCACAGAAGCAAAGACCGGAGACAGUGCGAUCGAAGCGGGAAUGAGACAAUUCGCUCACGUUGACGAACCAUUCCUAUCCUGGGACUUUACGCUACGCAAUGAAUCAGAAGAGACAAUUGGUAGCGUGAAUCGCAACUUCGUUGGCUUUGCACGAGAAAUAUUCACCGAUACUGGUGUCUAUGCUUUGCGUAUGGACAGCGCUGCUCAACAGGCUCAGCUUCAGGAUCCGGACGGGAAAGCGGUAGCUGAAUAUCAACGCGAAGGCACAGCUAUGACUCUUGACCAAAGAGCUACAAUGCUCGCCACGGCGGUUUGCAUAGACUUCGACUACUUUUCGAGGCACUCGGGCGGUUCCGGCAUGAUGCCCAUGUGGCUACCGUUUGGCAUGGGUGGCGGAACCGCUGCGGAGGGUGGAGCUGCAGCCGGUGCUGCUGGGGCUGCCGGAGCUGCAGAAGGCGCUGGCGCCGUCGAAGGUGCCGCUGCAGGCGCUGUUGGAGCAGCAGGUCGUGCUGGCGGCGCGAUUGGGGCCGGCGAAGGCGCCAUAGCAGGUGCAGGAUCCAUGGCAGGAUAUGAAGCCAUGCAACGUGGCAUGCACGGCCCUCGAGGAGGCGAUGAUGCCAGUCCGACUGCGAACGAGCCUUUUGCCGGGGACGGGCAGUAUCCGCCGCAGGACAAUGCACCCAGCAGCAGCAAUGAUACAUGGGGAGAGAAUGACGACCCCUGGGGAAGAGGAGGACCAGGAGAUGGACCACCCCCACCAAGUGCUGGUGGAGAAGGUGGCGGCGAUGGCGGAAGUUGGACAGAUGCCAUUGGGGACUUUUUCGAUGUUUGAUAUCGAGAGGGGUUGGGAACAGUUUUGACUACUCCACUCACAUCGUGUGCAAUGCAUGGCGAGGCUGAGGGCAUUCAGCAUGGCCAAUAUUCGAGGCCUACAGAACCGGAUAGAGUGUAUGAAUAAUGACGAGCAGAAACCUUCUUCACUUCCGCCAGGAUCAAAAGGCUGAUGAAACUUCAAGACUUCUCCACUCGCUU